UGUGGCGUUUCGAAUUCGCAUAUCCUUGUCAGUGUAUUGAAGAAAAAUAAUAUUUACUAAAUGAUUGUUAUUUGCGAAAAGUUUUCUAGGAAAUAAUAAGUUUUUGCUUCUUUUGAAUUGUCCUGCAGUCAAAAAUCUAAUACAUUAUGGAGGAAGUUGAUGUUGAAAACAUUCCUUCGCAAAAAAGAACGCCUAUCAUAAGAAAACCCGGGGAAGUCGUAUUUUUAAAGCAUAUGCGGCCAGCAAAAGAAUCUACGCCUAUAAUCUUCGAGAAAGAAUUGAUUCAACAAAAUAACAUUGAAGAAGAGAUCACUUUACUCAACGAUAGCGACGAAACGUCUGCAAAACUGGAUAGGAUUGGUGAAAAACUCAAUCAAGUGGAAAAUAAGCUAGAUGAAUUAUUAGCUAGUCUCCAACAACAGGAUGUUGUUUUAAGAACGCUCAAACAAGAUGUGAAACAAAUGCAGAAUGGAAUGAGGGACACAACAACGCAACAAGAGUCAUUCACCAGUGUUACCGAGGGUCAACCAUCAACAAAGCGAAAAAGAAAAUUCAACCGGCUUGUUAGUUUUCCAAUCAGCGACGACUUUUCUCUUUUGCGUCUCGAAGAACAGAUUCUGACAGAUGAAGAAGUGCGCGAGGAAGUGAUCAAUCGGUUUCACGAGGCACCCACGAACAGCGUCUAUGAGUAUCUGCGGAAGAAUAUCGAAUGUCUUCUGCUUAACACUUCCAAAUAUACGUGGACGGGGAAACAAACGAGACCCUCAUCUCCAACACAACAAGCCAACGCGGCCUCCAGUUUGCAGGUAGUCGAAUUGUUACUAACUUGCUGUAUGGAAGUCUUUCCAAAGCAGUCACGAAACUUCAUUGAAAAAGAGUGUCGACGAUCGCUGCAAAAUUUCAACGAUUCAAUGAUAAAUCGAACGAAGCGCCGACAGGAGAAAAUGUCGCGGAAGUUUGAAGUAGAAGCGUUGAGCGAUGAAUAAAACAAUACGAAAUGGAUUUCUGUUAAA